GGAGCCCCACCCAGGCCUGGGCCCUCCAGCCAGCCACAUUCCUCUGUCCCCCACCACCCACGAGGGAAUCUGGGUCCCCAGGGCACAGCCGGCUCAGCCUCCAAGCUGCAGGUGAGUGUACUCUGAGGACCAGACAUGGGCCCGUCGGGGUCCCAGACCUGAUGUCAGCCCAGGAGCUCGUGGCCUGCCUCUGCCGGGAGGGGGAGCAGCAUCUGGCACUGGGGGAGCUGCCCCUGGCCACCGCCUUCUACCUGGCUGCAUUCAGCUGCCACGCCCCCUCAGCCCUGCAGAGUGUGCGCACUGCCCUGGCCCAGGCUCGGGGGGCGGCGGUGGUGGCCACCCUGGAGUCCUGGUGCCGCGGGGACAGCCAGAUCCCCACCAUCCACUGGGACGGCAUGGCAGUGGUCUCCCUGACAGGGUCGCUGGCCUCUGCCUUCCUCGGCGCCCUCUGCCCGGACCACCCCGCUGCCAUCCUGCACCUGCUGGCAGGUCUGCUGGCCCGCGGGCGUCACGAGGAAGUGGUGCAACGCUGCAGCACCCUGCUGGACUCUCACACACAGCAAGUCCUGGAGCUGCGGCUGACCCGCGCCCUGGCCUGGGUCCUGUCUGGGGUGCAGGCAGCGGAUGGUGUGGCCGCCUAUCUCCAGGCCUUCGCCUCCAGCUCCGACCGGACGGUAGCUUUCAUUCGCACCCACCAGCAGCCCUACCUCCCCGCGCUGCUCAGUGCCCUCCAGGACUACCUCUCGGGGCACCCGGAGGCUGGGCACAGUGCCGGCCAGCAGGAGACCGGUGGCCAGCAACUCCUGGCGGCUCUGGACCCCAGGGGCACCCGGAGUGACACCCUGUCACCUGAAGCUCUGCUCCACAGCGGCAGGUAUGAGGACUGCCUGGCAGCAUGCAGCCGCGCCCUCGAGGCCCAUCCCACCGGCAGCGGACCCCAAGGUGAGCGCCGGGCCGCCCUGCUGGUCACCCGCGCGGCCUCGGCCUUCUUCCUGGACGGCCGGGCCCAGGACGUGUUUUGGAACCUGCAGGAGGCCUUCCGCGAGAGCCCCUCUGGGGCGCGGAGGCAGUUCCAGGCCGUGUUCUCUGUCCAGGACCAGGAGCGCGUCCGGGCUCAGGCGCAGGAAGCCGCGGACGUGGGCUUCGCCCGCUUCCAGGAAGCCGUGCGGAACCACCCUGAGCUCCGCGAGGAUGCGGGCCGCGAGCUGCUGGCCCCGGUAACCCGCGCGCUCCGCGUCCUGCUUCGCCUGGCGCCUGCCGGGGCGCGACCCGCGCUGGGAGCCCGCCUCGCCGAGUGCCUGCUGCUGGCGGGAGACGCCGCGGGCGCCCGGGCCAUGUGCGAGCGCCUGCUGCGGCCCGCACGCCCUGAGGACCCUGCCGGGGACCGUGCAGGGGACCGCGCGCCUCUCCUGGUUCUGCGCGGCUUCUGCGCGCUGCAUGCCGGGGACUCGCGGCGCGCCCUGGAGGACUUCCAGACGGUAGUGGAGCAGGGGGCGCCGCACCCGGGGGGCUGUGUGCGCGCGCUGUGCGGCCGGGGACUGCUGCGGGUGCUGGCGGGCAGCGCGUUCCUGGGCACGCUGGACUAUGUCACCGCCUGCAGGCUGCGGCCCGAGGAGGCGCUGCUGGCCGCCAAGGCCUACGUGCCCUGGAACCACCGGGGGCUGCUGCUGGUGGUGCUGCGGGAGGAGGCCCGUGGGAUGCUGCAGCGAUGUCCACGCGCCGGGCCGUCCAGAGCGCAGGGCCGGAGGGAGGCCGCAGAGACGGGCGGCCCCACCACGCAGGAGGGGGUCGCCUGCGGCGUGCACCAGCUGGCUACACUGCUGAUGGAGCUGGAUUCAGAGGACGAGGCCUCUCGCCUCCUGGCGGCUGAUGCCCUGUACCGCCUGGGCCGCCUGGAGGAGACCCACAAGGCCCUGCUGGUGGCCCUAUCCCGGAGGCCCCAGGCGGCCCCCGUGCUGGCGCGACUGGCCCUGCUGCAGCUGAGGAAGGGCUUCUUCUAUGACGCCAACCAGUUGGUGAAGAAGCUGGUCCAGUCUGGUGACACCGCCUGCCUCCAGCCCACCCUGGACGUCUUCUGCCACGAGGACCGGCAGCUGCUUCAAGGCCACUGCCACGCCAGGGCCCUGGCCAUCCUGCGGGCACGGCCAGGCGGGGCCGAUGGCAGGGUUCACACCAAGGAGGCCAUCGCCUACCUGUCUCUGGCCAUCUUUGCCGCAGGAAGUCAGGCAAGUGAGUCCCUCCUUGCCCGAGCCCGCUGCUAUGGGUUCCUGGGCCAGAAGAAGACGGCCAUGUUCGACUUCAACACAGUGCUGCGGGCUGAGCCGGGGAACGUGCAGGCACUGUGUGGACGGGCGUUGGUGCACCUGGCCCUAGACCAGCUGCAGGAAGCCGUGGACGACAUCGUCUCUGCUCUGAAGCUCGGCCCCGGGACCGUGGUCCCUGAGCUCCACUCUCUGAAGCCGGAAGCCCAGGCCCUCAUCACACAGGGCCUCUACUCCCACUGCCGGGCCCUUCUGAGCCAGCUGCCAGACACUGGGACCCCUCUCGAGGACAAGGACACCCAGGGCCUCCUUGCUGUGGGGGAGGCGCUGAUCAAAAUCGACUCAGGGCAACCGCACUGGCACCUCCUCCUGGCAGACAUUCUCAUGGCACGGGGCAGCUACGAGGAAGCUGGCACCCACCUGGAAAAAGCCCUGCACCCUGCCCCAACGUCAGAGGCAGCCCGGGCCCGGCUGGGCCUGCUCCGGCUCAAGAAGGGAGACGUGCCAGGGGCUGCAAGGGACCUGCAGAGCCUGGCCGAGGUGGAUGCCCCGGAUCUCAGCUGCCUGCUGCAUCUCCUGGAGGCCUCGGAGCGGCAGAGCCUUGCCCAGGCCGCGGCCCAGGAAGCCGGCACCCUCCUGGACGCAGGGCAACCCAGGCAGGCGCUGGGCUACUGUUCACUGUCUGUCCUGGCCGGUGGCAGCAGUGCCUGUCACCUGCGUCUGCGGGCCACCUGCCUGGCCGAGCUGCAGGAGUUUGGCCGGGCCCUCAGGGACCUGGACCAUGUGCUCCAGGAGGCACUGGGGGAUGGUGACCUCCCAAGGCGGGCAGAGGACUUCUGCUGUCAGGGUCGCCUGCUGCUGAGCCUGGGGAAUGAGGCGGCGGCCGCAGGGGCCUUUGCCCAGGCCCUGAAGCUGGCGCCCACCUUGGCCCAGAACAGCCUGUGCAAGCAGCCAGGCCGGGCCCCCACUGCACGCAUGUUCCUCGUUCGCGGGGAGUGCUGCCUGGAGGAGCAGCAUCACGCAGAGGCCUGGACGGCGGUAGAGAGCGGCCUCCUGGUGGACCCCGACCACCGUGGCCUGAAGAGACUGAAGGCCAGAAUCCGGAGGGAGGCAUCCUCAGGCUGCUGGCUACAGUGACUGGGCCUGACCCUCUCCCAGCCCUAAUCACAGGGCCACCCUAGCAUCUGCACCUGAUGUCCAGGCCCAGGGGUGUACCCAGCUCCCCAAAUCGGGGAGGUACCUGCCCUGCCCUCCCCACACCCCCUUCCCAGCCCUCCCCACACACCCCUUCCCAACCCUCCCCACAGCCCCCCUUCCCAACCCUCCCCACAGCCCCCCUUCCCAACCCUCCCCACAGCCCCCCUUCCCAACCCUCCCCACAGCCCCCGUUCCCACCCUCCCCACACACCCCUUCCCAGCCCUCCCCACAUCCCCCUUCCCAGCCCUCCCCAUACCCCCUUCCCAGCCCUCCCCACACCCCGCUUCCCUGCCCCAGCAUGAGUCAGUGUUGGACAGCCAGCCUCACACCUCUUUGCCUUGGAAAGGAAAGGGGACAGCUUCCUACUUGCAUGAAGGGACCAUCCUAGAAGCUUCACAGUCCCUUCUACCACCAGCAACCUGGUCCCUGCAGUUGGGGCCCUCUUGGCCCACACCUGGGGCUCAGACCUUGAAGAAGCAGCCCCAGGUCUCGUCCCUGGCCUGGGAUCCUACAGGUUGGACAGGAUUGAGGCCAGACUCCUGGGGCCCUUGGGGAGAUGGUACCAGCCCCAGAAGCCCCUCCUUGGGUGUGAAGCUGCGUUUUGCUUGGACCCUGAGCCUUGGGCCAGCCUCCAGCAGAGCCUGGGCCCUCUCCAGAGACAGAGCUCCCAAAUGGGCCCAGCCAGCCCAUACCCCAAGCUGACCUUUCAGGGUGCUUUCAUGGGGGCCCUUCAUCGAGAAUCCAGUGUGCUGGAGGUAAACUUCCUCCCUCCUCCACAGGCCCCUCCCUUCCAAGCAGAGGGACCACCGAGGGGCCCUGAUGAGCACAGUCCCCAGGCUCCCACCAGACCUGUCUCCCGAAGCUGCUGGGAGGUAUCGGUGCUUCCACAGAGCGAGAGAACAGCUUGUUCCUAUACGUGGGUUAAACGUCCCCAGGCCUUGCAGCUGCCAGUGAGCUUAGGGACUUCUGGGUGGGGCAGAGGCAGCCAGCCUUUGCCCAUCACUGUGAGUGUCACAGACUGAGGCCUCAGCCCGGGGCUUUCUCUCAUGGCCAUGGGCGAGAGACAUGCUGGGUGGGCUGACUCGGUGCAAAACGUGCCCCCAAGCCCUGCCUGACUUCACCGUGGGGAGACAGGGCCACGACCCCCUCUCCUGGCUUCUCUCUCCUCCUGGGCACUUGCAUUUGUCCCAUUUCUGUCCCCUUGUCUGCCGCUUCCUUCCAUGGUCUUGAACCCACAGACAGACCCCCUGCCUCUCCACCCACUUGGCUUCUGGGAUCAUCUGACGAACCCCAGUCCAGGGGGUCAGGCAGGGAGGGGCCCUAUUCCUCGCCCUGCAUGGAAGUGGGGCCCCCAGGCAGCAGGUGCAGGGCUGGGUAGCCCCCCUCCUCCGCAGGCCUCACCCACUCCUCAACCCCCAUGCCCCUUCAUCAGCUGGCACCGCCUAUGUGUCUCUGGCCACAGGGGUCUGGGUAAAGGGUCAGCGCCUCCCACCUUGAGUACCUCGGGGAUGGGCAGCCCACAGUGGGAGAGGGCCCUGACAGGGACCUUCAGCCCUGCUCCUCGCCUUCCCCGCUCGGUAUCUUCACGCAGUCCCCCUCUUCCGGGGUUCCCCAGCGCAGGCACCAAUUCGAUCCAUCUUCCGCCUGCCAGCUCCCCAUCCACCCUUCCCUCCCUGUCUUCAACCAUGUGCUCAAGGACUCAACAAACACCUGUCAGCAGCCCAAGAGCUAAGUUCAGGGACACGCAAGUUCCUCGGGUCAGGUGGGCCAGUCAGCACCGAGGCAGAGGAGGCAAGGGCUGGUCCAGAGAGCCUGGUCACAGCAGAAGGACCUGCUCCAGUGUCGGGGCCAGGUGGAGGCAGUGGGGAGGCAUCCCCUAGGGGUGCCCUCCCCCACCACGUUCCCUGCUCCUACAGUCCUCGCCUGGGAUGUCCUGCCCCAUCCAUCCGUGCAAGGCUGAGUGUAGAUGCCAGCCCCGCUGAGGCUCCUCCCGGACCUCAGGAUCGCUGUGUUUCUCCCCCACCAGGGAGCUGCCCCCUCCACCACCAGCUCACCCAGCAGGUAUCUCUCAUCAGCCUUUGGCCUGGCUCCUUGUGGGCUCUGAAUGUCUGCAUUCCCCCAAACUUUAUGUGUUGCGAUCCUAACCCCCAAGGUUAUGGUAUCAGAAGUGGGGCUUUUGGGAGAUGACCAGGGGUGGAACCUCAUAAGUGGGAUUAGUGUCCUUAUAAAAGAGACCCCAGAGUUCUCCCAAGCCCCUCCACCAUGCGGAGACCCAGUGAGAAGCUGUCUGUGAACCAGGAAGGGGCCCUCACUAGAGAGCGAGCUGGCACCUUCAUCUUGGGCUUCCAGCCUCCAGAACUGUGAGAAAUAAGUAUCUGUUGAUGAACCACCUGUUUCUGCUAUUCUGUUGGGGCAGUCCAGAUAGACAAAGACACGCCCGUUCCCGCGGCCCACCACCUCUGCCCUGAGCACAGUGGGUGAGUCUCGGUUCCCCUUAUCCCAUCCCUGCUGGGGUCCAGCCCUGGCUUUUCCUGAGGUAGUUCCUCCAGGACCAAGCAGACACCCACAACCAGCAGCCCUUAAGGCAUGGACGCAGUCGUCCCCGAGGCCUGGGUGUCCCGCCUGGAGGGGCAUGUCCACAGCUGCUCUGGGUCCUGACGCUCCAGGAGCUCACGCUGUCUGCAGAUCCACCACUUCCCCGGGCAGCCCCCGGCCUGCAUCUUCCUCAGUGCUCAGCUGGAGGUGGAGAGAAAUCAGGCUGGGAUGGAGGGUGGCCCUUGCUUUGCACGAUUCCUGCCUCGACGUUACACCAGGGACAUUCCAGCAUCUCCCCUUCAUUAACUGUAGACCGCCAGCAAAUCCAGAUUUCAUUCAACCAAGUAAACUGGUAGAGUCAUUUCCAGCAGCUAAUGUGAGCUAGUGCAUUAAAUUCAGAAUCUCUAGUAAGUGUACCUGCAUCAAUAAAGCCAAGCCGGUCCAGCUGCAUUAAUACCCUACCCUCCAUUCCCACACGGUUCCCAGGUCUCCGUGUGUGAAUUUGUAACAUCUUACGAGCAUUUUGGUGUGAAAGUGGUUCCUUCCUGAGUCAGGCUUUGUACUUGACCCUUCCCCUCCCUGGGAGCACACUGAGGUUCUAGAGGCAACAGGGUGGCUAUGGUGGUUAAAUAAACUGAGCAUCAUUUCUAGGCAACUGGCCAGGUAAGCUUAUCACAGCGUUUUCAAGCAGAACAAAAAUAAAUAAAUAAAGGCUACUCUCAGAUCUUGGAGGACAAGCUGCUUCCCCUGGAAGGAGAAGCUCAGAGAACCAGGGGGUUCACAAUUCUCAGCUUUAUCUGAGCCCAACCAGACAUCCCCAUGCCAAGCUUCAGCAUCCAGUUCCUUCCCACUCAGUGCCCACGUUUCAGUAGUGAGGCUGUGAAUGUGAGCCACACAGCAGUCACACAACUCAGAGUUAAACUGUGCAUCCGAGUUUUAGCAGCAUCUGAGUUUUAGCAGCAGCAGCCCCGAGGCUCUCAGGAACAAGGGACUGUUCCAUGGCCAUGGCAGUCCUGAUUCUCUGUCUAUGACUUAAACUGAGUUUAGAGACCUGAAUGUGUGGUUCCUUCCUGUUAGUGCUGCUGGACCCUCAGGGGACCCCCCACAGCCCUCGUGGUUGUGGUCAUCCUCAUGGCCGUGACAGCCUCACACAGCAGCACGUGGGUUCCCGAGGCCCUCAAUUCUGCUGGUGCCUCACAGCCAGCAUGGGGGAUGGCUUGGUUAACUGUGAAGCCCCCCCAACAACACUGUGUGCCAACAGCCUCCCCUUCCCACUGGCCAGGAGAUCAGGCCUGCAGCCCAGCCCAAGCAACAACCACACUAACCUAACCCCCAGACCCCACCUUUUGAUAGUGACAGGAGGCAGACAAAUCCUAGGCAGACAGGGACAGGUUCCCAGUGAAACCCCACCUCCGAGCCAAAGACAGUUUAAAGCCUGAAAGCCAAGCUACAAAUUAAAUCCUCAGCCUGGAUUGAGAACCCAUCUUCCCAUUUGGCUGCUUUCCUCUGAUUGAUCCCCACCCUUCACCUAUUUUACAUGUACCUAUCUUUUCCUAAUUCAUUUUCUACACUGGCAUGCCCACCUUUGAGUGGUACCUUUGUUUAAGCCUUUUUUGCAUAAUCACAAGCCCAUCAGCAUGCACUCCCCCAUUCUGAGCCCAUAAAUGCCCCGGACCCAGCCACACUAGGAGAGAAACCACCUGACUUCAGGUCGGGAACCACCCGUGCACCCCCUGUCUGCUGAGAGCUGUUCCGUCUCUCAAUAAAAUUCUUCUCUGCCCUUCUCACA